GCCGAGUGCAAGAAGCAGCAGCGCUGACGUGGCGCCCAUGUCUCGGCCCACGUCUCGCCUCACAAGUGCGUGUAGUUCUAUCGCGAUCCCGACGGAGGCGGAGCAUUCGGAUAAGUCGCCGUGCCGACUUACUUCUGGAAGGAGUAGGAGUGCAGAAGAAGCUGACGUGGCAGUUUCUCAUUGGCGGGAUCAUCGAACGGGCGCGAGAUCGAUCUUACGGUCCACAUCAGCCGAGGAUUUGAUAUCAUCCCCUUCAAGGGGGACCUCCCCCUUCCCCUCCCCCUCCCCCUUCCCCUCCCCCUCCCCCUCCCCAGUCCCAAGGGGAAGGGUAAGGACAAAUGAAUCGUCCCCCCGGGGCCAAGAAGUCCUCCCCCUCGUAUGGCGGAUCUCCUCCCCCUCCUCGCGGAGCUCCUCCCCUCCUUUCCCCUCCUCUCCCUCUCCUUUGAUGGAAAUCCCUGUAAACAGCGCAGGGAUCCCGACGUCAUCGCGCGCCUCGGCGCGUGAUCGUUGGGAGGAAGCAGGAGGAGAGAUGUCGGGAUCUGCCCCGAGAUUGCCCGGCCAGGCCGCGCUGUCUCCUGUCUCGACACGGUGUGCUUCUUCGGUCGAAUCCGAGCCGUUCAAUUUUGGCGGGAAAAGGGAUGAAGGGGGUUGGGAGAGACCGAAGGAGGUGGGGGAGGGAAGAUUCGAGCAGUCGGGACGGGCGCCGCUGCGCUGGGCGCGCAGCACACGUGGCGCCACGCUUGACCAAGAUUUGGCGGGAACUUGGGCAUGGGGGGACACGAGGAGGAAGAGGGGUUGCCAUGUGCCGGAUCAGCCGUGGGUGCACGUGUUCGAAUUGCGCAGAAAAGAGCGGGAAGGCUUGCCACGUGGAGGGCGCGGAACAACUGCUCUAUUAAUAACAGGAGGACAAACAGGAGAAGGGAGUAUAGCCUUGGGAGGAGGAGGAGGAGUAGGUGAUGUAGAAGCAGGGCUAGACGUCAGAACCGAGAGAGGAGGGAGAGUAUGUCUAGGAGGAUGCGGAGGAGGGGUUGGAGGUGGUGAAGGAGGGGAAGGAACAUCAGGAGGAGGAGGGCACGGAUUCUCAGGAGGCGGAGGAGAAGGAAGAAGAGGAGGAGGACGAGGAGGAGGAGGAGGACAAGGAAGAGGAGGAGGAGGAGGAGGAGGACAAGGAAGAGGAGGAGGAGGAGGAGGAGGAGGAGGAACAUCAGGUGUAAGAGAGUGGCAUGGAGUCUGGAGAGGAGCAGGAACAUCGGGAGGAGGAGGAGGAGCAGGAGGAAGAGGAGGAGGAGGAGAAAGAAGACGAGGAGGAGGAGGAGAAGAAAGAGGAGGAGGAGGAGGAAAAGGAGGAGGAGGAGGAGGAGGAGGAGGUGAGGAAGGAGAACGAACAUCAGGUGUAGGAGGGUACGGAUUCUCGGGAGGAGGAGGAGGAGGAGGAGAAGGAAGAGGAGGAGGAGAAGGAGAAGGAAGAGGAGGAGGAGGAGGAGGAGGAAGAGGAGGAGGAGGAAGUUGGGGUUUUGAAGGGUCCGGAAAUAGUCAUGUGAAGGAUAUGGGACCCCGCAGAUCAACUAGUCUGCCUUCGAGAGGGGUUUGGGCUGAUGACGUCAACACAGGAUUAUCUGUUGACGUCCUGUCAAAGGUGGAGAUGAGGGAGAAAGAGCGGAAAUUGAAGCGAGCGUGGAGUGCGUGCGGGAUGCACGAGCAAAGAUGGAUUUUGAGUGAAACUGGUUCGAAUCCUCGGUUAGGGGAGGAGAGAUGUUUACCUAUCUCUCUCUCUGUUGAUGGGAGCUAUGGGGAGGUAGGAAACCAGGAUAAGAGGACAAAGGUGGGUAGUAGAAGGAGGAGGGCAGGAGGAGAAGAAGGGAGGGAGCGGGGGGCGGGAGGAGGGGGGGGAGGGCGCUCGUCUCGGACGCAGGAAGAGAAAGAGGACAAGGAGGGCUUUGAUAUCUGGACCGAGAUGGCUGUUUCUGCCGGUGCGGGACUGGGGUCGGUACUAGGGGUGGGAGCAGCAGUGGGAGCGUAUAUUGGAGAGGCAAUAGCGGGAGGGUAUGGAGGUAGCAGCAGUAACGAGGGGGAAGGUGAGGAUAAGGAGGAGGAGGAGGUGGAAGAGGAGGAGGAGGAGGAGGAGGAGGAAGAGGAGGAGGAGGAGGAGGAGGACGAGGAGGAGGAGAGGGAAGAGCAGGGUUGUCUUGGCGGUGAUGAGGACGCCGUUCAACAACGGAGAUCUGCUGUAAGAUCUCCGACACGUGGAGAAUACCCGAUCGUGAUGACCAACAGACCGGGAUCGGGAUCGGGAUCGGGAUCGGGAUCUCCGUACACGCUUUAUCUUCAAGAAGAAGAUAAAGGGAGAAAGUUUGAAGAAGCGAUGGCCAACGGAUCCUCUUCCUUAUCCCCGGUCAGAAAUCCGAUGUCGGAUCAAUCUGAGGAGGCGCGGCGGCCAAUCUGGAGCAAGCGUGUACGGACGUCGAAGGCUGCAGCCAGGAGAACCAGACGAAGGAUUGUUAGAGUGCUGCUCUUCUUGGGUGUGUGCGGAGCGGCCCUCUAUGGCAUGCUAGGACCGGUGCCAUAUAUGCUGUUAAACUAUUUGAUCUCGGCGACGAAGAUAAAAUUCGUUCCGUACAUGCUGGGGUCGGUCAUCGGCCAGAUGCCCGAGAACUUCAUAAUGCUUUACACUGGUAUUUUUUUGAAGGACUUGGCGAAAAUUGCGAGCGGAGGGAUGAAGCUCACACCAGUGAAGAUAGCAUCCGACGUGGCCACGCUCGUUGUGGCGAUCGCGCUCAUCAUUGUGAUGUAUGUCUACGGAAGACGAGAAUGGAAGAAACUUGCAGCGCAGAACAGGGGCAGUGAAGAGAGAGAAGAAGAAAUUCCAUGUCGGGAGGGACAUACCGAUACGGGGUCCAGUCCCGCGACAGGACCGGUUGUGGGUAUCAGGAGAAACCUUGAGACAGCUGACGAGCGGGACCAUAUGCUGACGCGUUUCUAAUGUGUUUGGGAUCUUGCAAUUUGGUUUCCAUACAAUAGAACAAGCAAAGCAUAAUAUACACAGCAGUGACAGCACCUAUCGCACCAGGUCCUGUGCGAUCCGAUCCCAUCCUCGCUACUCUCUUCUCUUGAUUCUUCAUUAAGAGGAUGGUCAUCCUCCUCUUCUUCUCUAAUUCAGUUAGAACGUAGAUCUUCGAUUGGCUUUGCGACUGGCUUCCUUCUUCUUCUUCCUUCGUCUUCUUCUUCCUUCUUGCCUUCUUUAUUCUUCUUCUUCCUUCUUUCUUCUUCUUUCUUCUUCUUCUUCCUCUUCCUCUUCUGCUGCUGCUUCUUCUUCUUCUUCUUCUUCUUCUUCUUCUUCUUCAGCAGCAGCAGCAGCAGCAUCUGCUUCUGCUGCUGAUGCUGAUGUUCUUCUUCGUUCUUCAUUCUUCGGUCUUCGGUCUUCGUCCUUUUUGUGAGUAGCCUUCUUCUUCUGCUAUGAGAUUCAGGUAUGACACCACGCAUUCAGGUAUGACACCACGCACUCAGGUAUGACAUUCGGGAAAUGGCUCGAGCGAGGUAUAUGACAUCUCUCCUUGGUAUUCACCUCACGGAAGGAAGAGCCUUAGGAAGGAAGGGCCCUAAGUAAAGAAGGCUCAGAGAGCCGAAACGAAAAGGGGCCCACAUAGUUUUGUGAAAGAUGGCUGGGUCAGGCUGAGGGUAAUGUACCGACCAGGUGGUUGGGGCUCGGCUGGAAGUCAGCAGGCCCGCUGCUAUCUCCAGAAACUACUACAAGGCAGGGCAUACAUUCCCAUCCAGAUCAUGGGAUUGCCAUAUAGGAAGUGCCUGUACACCCAGAUGCACAUUCUGGCUGGGCAGUGCCAUGGUAAGGGGGCGCGACCAGGUGCAGGUAGCAGCGACCGUCAGCGUGUGUGUGUCUGCCUUUGCGUCCGAGUGUGAGUGAGUGUGAGUGAGACAGAGAGAGAGAGAGAGAGAGAGAGAGAGAGAGAGAGAGAGAGAGAGAGAGAGAGAGAGAGAGAGAGAGAGAGAGAGAGAGGGCACAAGGAGGGGAGGUUCUAGGAGGAAAUGGAAGCCGGCACGGAGAAGACAGUUGGCAAAGGACAUACCUGGUGUUGAUUGCGAAGAAGAACUCCACUGUGGUACAUUCUUCCUCCGGGCAUGGGAUGGAUCAGCUAGUCUACUCUACGGCAUUGUCUGUGUGCGAGGUGUGGGUUAAAGUAGCAGGCUAGAGAAGAAAAUAGACUAGAUAGACUAGAUAAGAGUAGUAGAUAGAGGAGCUAUUGUACGCUGCAGCAUUGUACUAUUGGUGAGGUUCAGGGUAGAAUAGUAGAUAAGACUCGUAGAUAGACUUGUAGAUGCAGUAGAAAAUGUAGUAUAGAUAGAGUAGUAUAGAGUAGUAUAGGUAGAAUAGUAGGUAGAGUUGUGAAGGUAAGAGUAGUAGAUAGAGUAGCAGAUAGGGUGGUAUAGAUAAAGUAGUAUAGAUAGA